UCCAAUCGCAUAUAUUUUUCACGCUUAUCGCGAAAGGAAUCUGCAAAUUAAUGAACAAGUAUAAAAAAAAAAUCGAAUGGACAGUCGAACGAACGGGAAUAUUCGAGCGGGAAUAAAUAAUUGCCCGGGGCAUCGAAGCGUAAGCGUUGAUAAGAAAAAGAAACUCAUUUCGAUAAGCGCGCGAACAAAAGGGGAGGCGAUAAAAAAAAUAAAUUUUUCUGCCGAGAAAGAGAGAGAAAAUCUCGACCUUCGUGCUGUCGCGCGUGGACAAAAGGAAUACCGAAACGGGUUAAAGGACCGAACCGGACGCCGCGAACGCGCAUCCGGUUGCGUUCGCGUGAUUCCCCCCCUCGCCCGGUCCGUCCGCGCCUCCCCCUGAUUGGCCUGUCGCGCCGCGUCUGUCAAAAUCGGCGAGUGGCUCGCGACGGUGGUUCUCGCGUCGCGGGUAGGAUGUGAAGAGGAGGAGGAAGAGAACCGGCCUGGUCGCGCGCGUCCCGCCGAAGCGAGGAGGUAGCUACACGAGACGUGACGUGACGGUGACGUGACGUGACGGGACGAGACGACGCGUUGAUUCGCGGGGGAAGAAGCGAACACGACGCGCCUGAUCGACGAUUACCGAAGGAUGCGUCGGGCGAUCGGCGUCCAUUUGUCCCGAUAACGACGACGUGGUGCUGGAGGUGGGUGACGAGGUGAAGGAGGAGGAAGAGAGUGACAGCAACAUCGCGAGCACUGCCGUCGUCGUCGUCGUCGUUUAUCAUCGUCGUCAGCGAUGGCCGCCACUGCCGUCGACGAGGUCGUCCUCGAGGAGCUGAGAACCGAGAUCGAACGGCUGUCGCGCGAGCUCGACUUGGCCUCCACCGAGAAAAUACAAUCGGCGCAAUACGGACUCGCGCUGCUCGAGGAGAAGUCGGCCCUGCAGCAGCGAUGCAACGACUUCGAGGCCCUCUACGAAAACACGAAGCACGAGCUGGAAAUCACGCAGGAGGCCCUCGCAAAGUUCCAGACAACUACAAAGAUAACUGCAAAGACUGGCAUCGAACAAGAAGAGAGUCUUCUUAGUGAGAGUGCCGCUCGGGAAACAUCUCUGCAAUUGCAGAUUAUUGAAUUGGAAAACGAAACAAAACAGUUACGUCAUGAGUUGGAACGAGUGGAAGCGGAACGCGACCACGCGCUGCAGGAACGCGAGGAGGUCGGCAAAGAUCACCAGCAAGCAGAGACGGAACGCAAAUCGUUACGAACGAAAUUACGGGACUGCAGGUUCCGCGAGACUCGUCUGCUUCAGGAUUACUCCGAAUUGGAGGACGAAAAUAUCUCCCUGCAGAAGCAAGUGUCGGGUUUGCGAUCCAGUCAGGUAGAAUUUGAGGGUGCCAAACAUGAAAUUCGAAGACUCACGGAGGAGGUCGAGCUACUAAACAGCCAAGUGGAAGAACUGACAAACUUGAAGAAGAUAGCGGAGAAGCAGAUGGAAGAAGCGUUGGAGUCUCUACAGGCGGAGCGCGAGGCCAAGUACGCCCUGAAAAAAGAAUUAGAUCAGAGAAUCAAUAGCGAAUCAAUCUACAAUCUCAGCAACCUCGCGCUUUCCAUCCGAGGUAUCACGGAGGAUCAGACGAUAUGCAGCGAUGGCGAAGACGAUUCGCCUGCGCUGCGUAGAAUCGAGGCGGAUCUAAAGACGCAAGAACCAGGCACGUCUGCGACCGACAAGCAGGUCGAUCUAUUCUCCGAGAUUCAUUUGAACGAAUUGAAGAAAUUGGAAAAGCAAUUGGAACUCGCGGAGACCGAGAAAGCUCAUUUAACGCAAAACCUACGCGAGUCGCAGUACGCAGUCGAGAAGAGCCAGGCGGAAUUGCAAUCGUUCGUUGCACGAAUAGUGCAGCUGGCAGCGCAUGUGCAAUCGUUACAUCAUCUUCACUCAAAGUUGCCGGAGGAACAGAGCGAAGAAGCAACAUUGGAUAAACUCAAUCAGGCUAUUGUACAAUAUCAUCAAUGGAGCACCAUGUCCGCUCGCGAAGUUAACCAGUUGCAGAAAGAUCUGGCAGAAUUGGAGAACGGUUUAACCGUAUCCGAUUCCACGCAACAGCUAAGAACAGAGCUGACAAAUUUGAGAAACAAGAUACCCGAGUCAGAGAAGAGCCUUCGAGAAAAGCUCUUGGAUACGGAACAAAGGAGCAUGCAGCUCGAAUCGGACGUAUCCACCUUGUCAAAACUUACCGCGGAAGCGGGCGGUUUCCUCGAUUCUGCUCAGAACAAUUUGCAGAACCUAUCCGACGAGCUCGCACAGCUCUAUCAUCACGUGUGUACCGUUAACGGCGAGACUCCCUCGAGAGUGGUGUUGGAUCACGAGAAAUCGGAGAUUGUGCCCGAAAAGGAAGAGGAGAACGGUAAGAUGGAUUGGUGUCGAACUCUAUUCAAGACCGACAUCAAGAUUAAAGAUCUAGAAAGUCUCAGCAAAUCAAAAGAAAUUGCAAAGCACAUAGAGACUGCGAUGGACCAAAUAAAAUAUCUUAGAAGCGCUGUCGAACACACAAUCGAAUUGUCCAAAGUUAAGGGAAUGCAGCCCACCAUCUGCAAUGUUUGCGAAACUUCUGUCAAUGAGAAUAAGGCGGAAGUAGCAGAUCUUCAAGAACAAGUCAUUAGAUUAAAGGCCUUGUUGUCCGCUAAACGGGAGCAGGUUGCUACCUUAAGAACAGUGCUUAAAUCAAAUAAAAAUACGGCAGAAGUAGCGUUAACGAAUCUAAAGAGCAAAUACGAAAACGAGAAGAGUAUCGUUAAUGAGACAAUGCUCAAAUUAAGGAAUGAGCUUAGAAUGUUGAAGGAAAAUGCCGCGACAUUUUCGAGUCUGCGUGCAAUGUUUGCUGCACGCUGCGAAGAAUACGUGACGCAAGUGGAUGAGCUUCAGCGGCAGCUUGCCGUGGCAGAGGACGAUCGGAAGACGCUAAACCAAUUGCUGCGGUUAGCAGUGCAACAGAAGCUCGGUCUCACCAUGAAGCUGGAGGAACUCGAAGUCGAUCGAGAACUGCGGAAUACCAGAAGACACGCCGCCGGCGCAAACGGACGCGGUAGACCGCGACUGUCGCAACAGACGAACCGUCCCCACUUAGGCAGAGAUUUCUUCUAGAAAAUGAUGAAGAUGUGGAGUAAGAUAUUCUGAGAGAAGCGAGAAUUUUGAAAACCUUUUCGAAUUUUUCUACCGCUCGUUGUUGGGGCCGAAGGAUUGUGUGUAGUGAGUAUACAAUUGACUUCUCCUUUGUUAGAGUGACUUCCCACAGUCACGGUACAUGUACAUCACAAUAAUCGUUGCUGCAAAUUUUGUGAAACGUAUUUUUACAAAGAGAUGGACGCGACACAUGAUAAGUGUUUGAGAAAAAAAAAGGAAAUGAUGACGCCGUCCUCACUAGAUACGGGAGAGAAUCGUGCUCGGUAAACGGGAAAUAAAUUGGCUACGUUUUGAAGGUUUCGAAAUGUUCAGUUUCAUACUCUACGAAUUUUGCUCCAUAUCAUAGAGUCUCUUUAGGGAGUCUCUGCCUUGUGUUACCACUAUUGUUAGAAGAAUUUAAGGAGUGUAGGAUAUACACUUUCGUUGAGGGUGUCCGCGGGUCGCGGAGUCGCCGCGUGCGAGUUUAAUGCGAAUUCUACGUUCUAUGAUACGCGUUUAGCUGCGUUAAACUGUCAAGUGCAUUAGAUUAACGCGAACGAUCCAUUCUCGAUCGUUUUGUACAGAGAAAAAGCUCUACAUUUUAAAACUUUGAUUUUUGUGUUCUAUCAUUGCUUUAGCACACUUAUUUAUUACGUACUCUAACAUAUUCAUUAUCGCCUCGACAAUUUAGAGGAUAUUCUGUUGAUGGUUGGUAUAUAGCAUGAUAAUCAUCUCCGGAACGUUUCGUCAAGGACAAAAACGUAUAUUAAAAGGAGAAGACGCACGAAAGAAAUAUCGUAUAUCGUUUGUAGUUAGUGCGGAAAACGGCAAAUUUUACAUUACAUACCACAUAGAGACAAUAUUAAUAUCUCGCGCAUGUGACCGGUAGAGUUUAUAAUCAAAGUAGCGAAAUGGAAUAUCGUAGUAGCAAGUAGAUUUGAAAAUUUUAAACGAUAAAAAAACCAAUAGGGGAACCUAUCUUCCAAGUAGGAUACCUCAGGUCACAUCUCCGCCACAGAAAUGACACUCAAAUGCAUCAAUAGAUCUAUCCACGCCCUCUUAUUUGGUAAUUAAUCUUUUUUUAUGCACGAACCGUUUCUUAUUCGAUCGGAUCAUAGAAAUAUUUCGAUAUGUUGGAAAUGGAACAACCGAUGCUAUCUUCUAUGUAUUUUGGAAAAUAAUCAAAGAACUACAUAUGAAUACUAGAAAAGUAAUAUUAUAAAAAAUAUCAGUUGUUGUUGUGUCUAUUAAAAAAAUUACGUUAAAGAAAUUGAGCUUUUAAAUCUUAGACUCAUGAUUUUAGACAGCUUCAUCCACGACGAUUUUCUUCUACUUUCGAGGCACGGGGUCGAUUGUUUCAGUUCCAAGAUAUAUUACAAAUAAUUAUCUUUUAUCGUUGAAGAUCGGUAUACGUUUUCACAAUCUCGUUGUUAGCUAUAGAAUAUGCAAUGUACGGUUCCUCGUUCUUUUGUUAACAAUUUUAUUGUAGUAAAUGCGGCCUAAACGGGCUUUAAAUCAAUUGAUUUCUCGGCAGCUUGUUGAAUUUACACUUCUUAUCGUGUUUUUUACUGGAGUUAAGUAUUACACCUAAUUAUUGUAUUCGAAGCAGCUAUUCGAUACGAGUUUUAUCAUAUUAUAUUUAUUCCUAUGUAUACAUUUUUUAUUGUAACGUAAAGCGUUUGUAUGCACUUUUAAUAGUUCGUUGACGCAUAAUAAUCGCUGAUCUCGACGGGGUCACGAAAAGGUUCUUUAUUUUAUAAAAGGACGCACGCAUAUAGCUCCGAUUACUAGUUUUUAUUGAUUAUCGCUGUCUUGUCACUUUUGUGAAAGUAUAAGUAUCGUGAUAAAAUUGUGCUCAGUGCAUUUCGCAGAAUGCUCUUUUACUUUGACAUUUUCCGUAAAUAUGUCCGUACGUUCUCUUCUAGUUAUACAUAGAUUUAUAAUUUAUAGUCCGCCGUUGCGUAAAGCAGUCAUUCCAAUUAAAACACUCGAUUAUGUAACUGCCCGAUAUAUUGUGAAUCUUCUGAGCAGUGUCGAUAUUAGUAUUUUAUACAUAUAUUAACUAUUUUAUAUAUAUAUAUUUUUUACAUAUAUAUUUAAUAGUUGAUUAUCAUAAUUGUUAAGAUGUGCACAUAAUUGAGAUACAUUGAACGUAAUGGAGCAUUCUGUGCAAAUAAAUUUGCACAUGUAUUUAUAACUGAAUGCUAUCAUGAAUUGGCUUCAAUCAAAUCUGUUAUCAUGGCUAUUGCUAUAUAUUAUUAUUACUAUUUAUUAUUAUUAUUGCUAUCUUUUAUUAUUAGUGCAAUUGUAUAUUUAUUGUCCUAAUCAUUGCCUGUCGACUUCGCGAUAAGACAAAUACCUAAAGAGAAUUUAUCGAGCGUUUAUUAAUUAAUUAUCACUAUUAUAAUAUAUCUAUAUCGUGUCGUCUUUAUAUCGCGCGUCACCUGUGUCUAAGACGUGUAUCACGAAUGAAGAUCCUCAUUGAUGAAGAUUUCUCAUUUUAUACAAUUUAACGUUGACGAUAUUCGAUGUUGAUAUUCGGAAUAAAGCAUUUUUUCAGAUUUUUA